GUCAUCAGACAACCGCGUUGGUGUCUACUUGUGCCUGUAACUCUUUCCGCAGUUUCACUUUCGGAGGUGUUCGUCACCAGCUAUCACUACUACAACCUUCCUGUUGCUGAGGACACGCCACGAUGUGGUGGUGGGUGUAUGUGACGUUGGUGGUGAUGUCAGCCCGCGUCACCCUUGCCACCGUCACGUCACACAUGUACAGGAAACAGGGACACAUGUAUGCUGGAGGUGAUGUUCUGGUCUCCAGGAAGGUGAGAAGCAACAUAGAAUGUGGGUGGGAGUGUGUGCCGCCGGAGUGUGUGGGGUACCACAUCAUGGACAAGACCAACGGCAGCUUACAAUGUACAACCUUCUCCUUCGUCAACAACUUCACUCAGCACCCCGACGCCCUCUAUUACUGCUCAGGUUGUCGCAACAAGGGAGAAAACUGUUCAAAGGAUGAGCAAUGUACUGAGUUCACCCCCAACUCCACUUGCAGUCCGGUCACCAGUGUGUGUACCUGUGACGAGUUUUUUGAGGACGAUGGUGACUUGUGUCAACUCAGUAAGUCUAGAGAUUUACUUUUAAUGAGUUUAAAUAUUCAUUCAUUCACGUGA